AUGAGCACUAACGAAGAGACCCCUUCUUCCGUCGCUUUCGAAGUUGAUAUUAAAGAAAAUCCUGAUGCACCCGUACCUAAACACAUUUUGGAAAGGUUUACGGAUGAGAAAGAAAUUUCGGGAGAAGAUAUCAACGCAAAACUUACAGCUGCGGAAGAAAGAAAGAAACAGUUAGACGCUGAAAAGGCCCAGAAGGCUGCAAAUGAAGUUGCUCACGCAAAGAAGGUUGCUGAAGAACAACGCCGUCUUUCUGACGCGAAAAACAGCGAGAGUUUGGCCAAAUUACAAGAAAAGCUUUCUCAAGCCGAAACUCGACGUCAAGAUAAACUUUAUAAAAACCAGGGUGACGACAACAAACAAAACACGCCAACUGAUUAA